UUAUUAAAUAUUAAUUUUAUUUAUUUUAUUUAGAUUUUAAAAAUAUUAAUGUAAAUCAUUGUAUACACGUGUCACAUAAAUUCAAUAAAUCGUACACAGGUGGUGGAAAAAUGAAUAUCAUCGGAGAUGACCCUAUUGCUGAAAUGGUCAAAAAUAUUAUUCAGCCAUCGGUUGAAGGUUUACAAAAUAGAUUUGACAGCGAUUAUAUGCCAGACACAGAUGAUCUACAGUACAGCAAAGAAUUGGAAAAUAAAGACUGUUAUCAAGUUGAGAUGCUAGAAGAAGAAAAUUUAAAUGCAAUAACUUGGGCUGAAUGGACACCAGCUAAGCUGAGUUCUGAAAAAAGCAAAGAAUUGCAAUUUUCAAACAACAAUGAAAAUAACGAUAAAACUGACAACUCAUUGUCAUUUGAAGAUAUCGAAACAUUCUGUACACAAUCUUCUAGUAAGAAAAACUGUGAUCCUCCAACAAAUAAUUCAUCACAACCAAAUUUGAAACGUAAGAAAUCAAAACAGCUUGAAGUAACUUCUUCCAAACAAAAUGAACAGUUUUAUGAUCUUGCACAAUCUAAAUUAGAGUUAGUGGAAUUAAUGAAAGAAAAUUUUCGUAAAAUAUCGCCAAUACAAAUAUCAAUUUACGAAAAACAAUUAGAAAAAGAAAAACUUUAUGUUGAAAUGCUUAAAAAACAAUUGAAAUUUUAUGAAAAAUAAAUUUGUUUCUUUUUUCCUUAUGUCUACAGUUUCAAUUUGAAUGAUAUUGAGCAUGUUCUUAUGUUAAAAGUUUUUAUAUUUAUUGAAAUUAUUAUUUUAUUUUAUACUGAAUACCAAAGAAACUGUAAAUUUUUAUUUUAAAGUUUAUUUCAAAGAAACUAUAAAUUUUUAUUUUCAAGUACCAAAGAAGAUUCUUUAUUAAUUUUUAUUGAUAGGUAUCAGUAAGCAAAAUAUAUAAUGAAAUAAUUUAUUUUCUGUUAAUUAGAUA